UCUCUUUCUCUCUUUUUUUUGUGUGUGUGUGUGGGGGGGAAGGGGGAGAGAAUCGGUAAUAAAAUGGCGGAGUUGGCGGCGGCGGCGGAGAUGAAGAGCCUGGUCUCGCACCCGGCCGGCUGGCAGUCUCUGCUCUCCUUCACCGUCCUCUUCCUGGCCUGGCUGGCGGGCUUCAGCUCCAGGCUGUUCGCCGUCAUCCGCUUCGAGAGCAUCAUUCACGAGUUCGACCCGUGGUUUAACUAUCGUUCAACACAUUAUCUCACAACUCAUGGAUUCUAUGAUUUUCUAAACUGGUUUGAUGAAAGAGCAUGGUAUCCUUUGGGAAGAAUUGUUGGAGGAACGGUGUAUCCUGGUUUGAUGGUCACAGCCGGCUGCAUACACUGGAUCUUGAAUACGCUUCACAUAACGGUUCACAUCCGAGAUGUUUGUGUGUUCCUAGCUCCAGUGUUCAGUGGGCUCACGUCAAUAUCAACCUUCUUGCUCACCAGAGAGCUAUGGAACCAGGGGGCAGGAUUGCUUGCUGCCUGCUUUAUUGCCAUCGUACCAGGCUACAUAUCGCGAUCAGUAGCAGGCUCAUUUGAUAAUGAAGGCAUAGCUAUUUUUGCAUUACAGUUUACAUAUUACCUAUGGGUCAAAUCGGUGAAAACUGGGUCUGUUUUUUGGACGAUAUGUUGCUGCUUGUCCUACUUUUACAUGGUAUCAGCUUGGGGUGGUUAUGUGUUCAUCAUCAACCUUAUCCCACUGCACGUCUUUGUAUUGCUACUGAUGCAGAGAUUCAGUAGGAGGGUCUAUAUAGCUUACAGCACGUUCUACAUCGUGGGUUUAAUAUUAUCCAUGCAAAUACCAUUUGUCGGGUUCCAACCAAUUCGAACUAGUGAGCAUAUGGCAGCAGCAGGUGUAUUCGCCCUGCUGCAAGCUUAUGCCUUCUUGCAGUACUUGAGAGACAGACUAACGAAGCAGGAGUUCCAGACUCUGUUCUUCUUAGGCAUUUCACUUGCUGCUGGUGUGGUAUUUCUCAGUGUCAUUUACCUGACAUAUACAGGCUACAUUGCACCAUGGAGUGGAAGAUUUUACUCACUGUGGGACACUGGAUAUGCAAAAAUCCACAUCCCUAUCAUUGCCUCAGUAUCUGAACAUCAACCGACAACAUGGGUUUCCUUCUUUUUCGAUCUACACAUAUUGGUCUGCACCUUCCCAGCUGGACUCUGGUUUUGUAUCAAAAACAUCAAUGAUGAAAGAGUAUUUGUUGCUCUUUAUGCAAUCAGUGCUGUUUACUUCGCUGGAGUCAUGGUACGUCUGAUGCUGACACUCACCCCAGUUGUCUGCAUGCUGUCUGCAAUUGCUUUUUCCAACGUCUUUGAACAUUAUUUGGGUGACGACACACAGAGGGAGAGCCCACCAGUGGAGGACAGCAGUGAUGAAGAUGACAAGAGGAACUCUGGGAACCUCUAUGACAAGGCAGGCAAAGUGAGAAAGCAUGUGUCUGAACAGGAAAAGACCGAAGAAGGAUUGGGCCCAAAUAUCAAGAGUAUUGUUACCAUGCUGAUGCUAAUGUUACUGAUGAUGUUUGCUGUUCACUGCACCUGGGUGACGAGCAAUGCCUACUCCAGCCCUAGCGUGGUCCUAGCUUCUUACAAUCAUGAUGGCACACGUAAUAUCCUGGAUGACUUCCGUGAAGCCUAUUACUGGCUGCGACAGAACACUGAUCAACAUGCUCGAGUGAUGUCUUGGUGGGAUUAUGGAUAUCAAAUUGCUGGAAUGGCCAAUAGGACCACUUUGGUAGACAACAAUACGUGGAAUAAUAGCCACAUUGCACUGGUUGGAAAGGCAAUGUCAUCUAAUGAGAGUGCAGCCUAUCAGAUAAUGCAGAGUCUGGAUGUGGACUAUGUGCUCAUUAUCUUUGGGGGAGUGAUUGGCUAUUCUGGCGAUGACAUUAACAAGUUUCUCUGGAUGGUCCGCAUAGCCGAAGGAGAGCAUCCAAAGGAUAUCCGGGAAAGUGACUACUUCACACCACAAGGAGAGUUCCGUGUGGACAAGGCUGGCUCUCCAACCUUACUGAAUUGUCUUAUGUACAAGAUGUCCUACUACAGAUUUGGAGAGAUGCAGCUGGAUUUCAGAACACCCCCGGGAUUUGAUCGUACCAGAAAUGCUGAAAUCGGUAACAAGGACAUCAAGUUCAAACACCUGGAGGAAGCCUUCACUUCUGAGCACUGGCUUGUUAGGAUUUACAAAGUCAAGAGACCGGACAACCGAAUGAAACUUACCCAUAAACCAAGAGUAACUAACAUUGUGCCCAAACAGAAGUAUUUAUCAAAAAAGACCUCUAAACGAAAGCGUGGGUACGUGAAGAACAAACUGGCACUGAAGAAAGGCAAGAGAACCAACAGGAAGACAAACUAAAAACAUCUACGAUCCCUGACAACAGGCAGUUGUCCUUAUGACAAACAGCCUUUGCCUUUAGCUACGAACGGUAUCUACUGCAACAUAAGGUUGCACGCCAUUGCUCCAGAGAUUGACUGUAAAACUAUUGGUUUUAAAGUAACACCUGUUUUAUAGAGCCAUACAUAAUUGUGUUGGCUAGGCAGAGAGCUGCUGUCCAGAGGUAGCAGCAACAUUGUUAUUGGUACAUAUUAUCCUUAAAAAAAUAAAAAUGUUUUAAAAUGAAAUUGGACUAAUUGCACCAAAGAACCCUCUUCUUUAUGAUCACUGGCACAUGUAUGCUUGGCAACCUUCUGGAGGGCCAGUCAGAACGGUUUCAUGAUUUAUUUUUUCCUUGGGUGGGGGAAUGUUAGAUGAUGGGCACUGAUAAGGGUAAAUAUAUAGCACAGAGAACACCGCAGAUUUCUGAUUGUUCUGUUAUGUCGGAAUAAUGAAAUGUGUCUCAAUAGUUUUACUAUCUGAAAGGAUGAUUACUUGGUUGGCAGUUCCAUUAUGCUUUAUGUUUCCCCUUCUGAAUAUUAGUACUGGUAGACAAGGGGAAAUAUUCUGUUUCAUUUUGGUGUGGGGUGGAAUUGGGCAAGAAGAAGAUAUUAGCUAGUUUAGCGCAAUGACAGGUUAGCAAUUAUACAUGUGCUCUUUGCUGUCUAUUAGAGAAAGACAGAGAGGGUUUCCUCCCUUGCCUCAGAAGUGACUAUUUUGUUUUCAGCAUCAUACUUUUUUUUAAAAAGUUGAUGGAUCUUUCUUUUUUUCCAUAAUCCUGCCUUUUCUCUUUGUUUAAAGAAAUGCAAAAUUUGCAAACAUUUCUUUCAGAGGCUUCUGUCAGCUUUGAGUUAUUGCUUUUUAAAAGAAAAAAUGUAAUAUAUUAAUUUGUGAACAGUUCUACAGAAGUUCAAUGCACUAUUGGUAACCUAAGGCAAAAAAUUCUCCUUUUCAUUGAUUUUCAUUUUCUGUAGUACAAUUCAUGUCUUAAUAUAAAUUUUGAAAUGUUCCUUUAUGCACUGGGCAUAAUGAAGGCUGUUGAACUAUACAGAUCUUACAAAUUUAGUUAAUGUCCCCUUGUCACAAGAUGUAAAAUUGUAAUUUUCUAUGUAAGCAGCUGUUUAAUACAAAAAUAUAUAAACGUAAUUUUAGCUGCAGAAACUAUUGGUGUAAAAAUUAAAGAAUAGUAUGUACCGUAUUUUCAAAAACAUUUGUAAAUUAAACAGUGCAGUACAUGCCUUAUUGCUGCUUCCAGAUUGUAACAUUUUUUAAAAAAAAGUUUGAUUGAAAAAUUGUGCAUCUCCCACCCCAGGAUUUACUUUUCUUUCAGACUUGUAGUUUGUAUGACUCCUGGAUUGUGUGAUCCAAAGUGAAUUAUGGCUGAAUUUAAUUCUUAUGGGAGAGGAGUGGGGGGGGGGAAGUGGAAGUCAUUUUUACAUUAUCGCUUAUGGAUUUCAGUUUAGACAUGUUGUUCAACUGUAGCCAAAAUAAACGUUAAAUUGAAAUUUGUGUUAAAAAAAAA